AUGUCUUCCUCAAUGCCUGCCUCCAGUUCUUCCAGCAGGAACCGCCGGAGCACCCAGGAAAGGGUGUUAGCACAAACAACCCUUGAUGCUCAACUCAAUGCUGAGUUUGAAGAAUCUAGUGACUCCUUCGACUACUCCAAGCUGGUCGAAGCCCAGCGGGACACUCCAACCGUGCUGCAGGAAGGGCGGUCGGAGAAAGUCAUAGCCUACUUGCAGCACAUUCAGAGAGGGAAGAUGAUCCAGUCGUUUGGUUGCUUGUUGGCCCUUGAUGAGAAGAGCUUCAAUGUCAUCGCGUUCAGCGAAAACGCGCCAGAAAUGCUUACAACUGUCAGCCAUGCAGUGCCCAGUGUCAACGAUCCCCCAAGGCUCGACAUCGGCACCAAUGUACGGUCUCUGUUCACUGACCAGGGUGCCACGGCUCUGCACAAGGCACUAGGGUUUGCUGAUGUUUCUUUGCUGAAUCCUAUCCUGGUUCAGUGCAAGACCUCAGGCAAGCCUUUCUAUGCCAUUGUUCACCGAGCAACCGGCUGUUUGGUGGUAGACUUUGAGCCUGUAAACCCCACAGAAUUUCCUGCCUCUGCUGCUGGGGCCUUGCAGUCUUACAAGCUUGCUGCCAAGGCAAUCUCCAAGAUCCAGGCACUGCCAGGUGGAAGCAUAGAGCUGCUAUGCAAUACUGUGGUCAAGGAAGUCUUUGAACUUACAGGGUAUGAUAGGGUUAUGGCUUACAAGUUCCAUGAAGAUAACCAUGGCGAGGUCUUUGCCGAGAUCACAAAGCCUGGCCUUGAGCCUUAUCUGGGCCUGCACUAUCCAGCCACUGAUAUCCCUCAAGCGGCCAGGUUCCUUUUCAUGAAGAACAAAGUGCGGAUGAUUUGCGAUGUCCGCUCAAGAUCCAUAAAGGUCAUCGAAGAUGAGGCACUCCCCUUUGAUAUUAGCUUGUGUGGUUCAGCGCUCAGGGCAGCACACAGCUGUCACCUUCAGUAUAUGGAGAACAUGAACUCGAUUGCAUCCCUUGUCAUGGCUGUUGUGGUUAAUGAGAAUGAAGAGGAUGACGAGGUCGGGUCUGAACAACCAGCACAGCAGCAGCAGAAGAAGAUACUGUGGGGCCUUGUUGUUUGCCACCAUGAGAGCCCCAGAUAUGUCCCUUUUCCGCUGCGCUAUGCUUGUGAGUUCUUAGCACAGGUGUUUGCUGUCCAUGUCAACAAGGAGUUUGAAGUGCAGAAACAAUUACGCGAAAAAAGCAUACUGAGGACGCAAACAAUUCUCUCCGACAUGCUGUUCAAGGAAGCCUCCCCCCUGACUAUCGUAUCAGGGGCACCCAAUAUCAUGGACCUAAUCAAAUGUGACGGUGCUGCUCUUCUGUAUGGGGACAAAGUAUGGCGUCUGGGCAAUGCUCCAACCGAGUCUCAGAUACGUGAUCUUGCCUUGUGGCUGUCGGAAGUUCACAUGGACUCCACUGGCCUGAGUACUGAGAGCCUCCAUGAUGCUGGCUACCCAGGAGCCUCUGCUCUUGGUGAUUCGGUUUGUGGGAUGGCAGUGGCUAAGAUCAAUUCCAGUGAUAUUCUUUUUUGGUUCAGGUCACAUACAGCUCAAGAAAUCAGAUGGGGAGGUGCAAAGAAUGACCCAUCGGACCAGGAUGACAGCAGAAGGAUGCACCCCAGGUUGUCUUUCAAGGCAUUCCUUGAAGUUGUCAAGAUGAAGAGCUUGGCUUGGACUGAUUCUGAGAUGGAUGCUAUUCAUUCAUUGCAACUUAUACUUCGAGGGACGGUGGAUGGUGUCGUCAAGCCAACCGGAAAAGCUAGCUUAGAUGAACAGAUUGGUGAUCUAAAGCUUGAUGGGCUUGCUGAAUUGCAGGCAGUGACCAGUGAAAUGGUUCGUCUAAUGGAAACAGCAACUGUUCCAAUCUUGGCGGUAGAUGGCAAUGGAUUGGUCAACGGGUGGAACCAGAAAGCGGCAGAAUUGACUGGGCUAAGGGUUGAUGAUGCCAUAGGAAGGCACAUACUUACCCUUGUGGAGGAAUCUUCUGUAUCAGUUGUCCAGAGGAUGCUAUAUCUAGCUUUGCAGGGCAAAGAAGAGAAAGAAGUUCGAUUUGAGGUAAAGACUCAUGGCCCAAAGAGAGAUGAUGGCCCUGUUAUCUUGGUUGUGAAUGCUUGUGCCAGCCGGGACCUUCAUGAUGAUGUUGUUGGGGUGUGCUUUGUAGCCCAAGAUGUGACUGUCCAUAAGUUGGUGAUGGACAAGUUUACUCGGGUUGAGGGAGACUACAUGGCGAUCAUUCACAACCCGAACCCACUCAUUCCUCCUAUAUUUGGUGCUGAUGAAUUUGGAUGGUGUUGUGAGUGGAAUGCUGCAAUGACCAAGCUGACUGGGUGGCACAGAGAGGAAGUGCUCAAUAAGAUGCUUCUCGGUGAAGUGUUCGACAGUAGCAAUGCCUCCUGCCUUUUGAAGAACAAAGAUGCAUUUGUAAGCCUUUGUGUUGUUAUCAACAGCGCGUUAGCCGGCGAAGAAACGGAAAAGGCUCCAUUUGGCUUCUUCGACCGAAGCGGGAAGUACACUGAUUGCCUUCUGUCAGUGAACAGAAGGGAAAAUGAGGGUGGUCUCAUCACUGGGGUAUUCUGUUUUAUUCAUAUUCCUAGUCAUGAGCUGCAACAAGCACUGCAGGUGCAGCAAGCCUAG